ACCAUGCCGAGAACACGCGGAAAUGUUUACGGCAGCAGCGCUGAGAUCUAGCUGCUAGGAUACCCGCCCCCGACUCAAUCAAGCAAAAGCGUCACUAUCGACUUACACGGGCGAUAUUGGAAGUAUCUACUAAACACAACCUUCGCUUACAAAGGCGGUGCGUAGACCUCACUAGGUGAUUCACCUAGCGAGCUAGUAUUCACGCAGCCGCGAGAAAACGUGUCAAACAUGGCAUCUUCUCUGAUGGUUCCAGUUAUCGACAUCCAUAAUGGCAAUCUGAAAGAGCUUUGGCCUAGUUUGGUCGUUGCAAUUCAUUCUUCGUCCUUCAUUGCGCUAGACACGGAGCUGUCUGGUCUGGGGAACAGGAAGGCCUUACUGGCCGAGUCUAUAGAGGACAGAUAUAAGGCCAUAUGCCAUGCUGCUCGCUCCCGCUCCAUCCUGUCUUUGGGGAUUGCCUGUUACAAGACACUGGACAUCAAGGAUCCAGACUCAUACAUGGUCCAGGUGUUUAACCUCACCCUCCUGUGCUCAGAAGAGUAUAUUAUUGAACCCCAGUCAGUCCAGUUCCUGGUGCAGCACGGGUUUGACUUUAACAAGCAAUACAGUCAAGGAAUUCCUUACUGGAAGGGAAAUAAUAAGGGAGGAGCAGAUGACCGUGGAGUCCACAUCCGAGCUUUAUUCAUUGACCUGCUGCGUGCAAAGAAACCUCUGGUGUUGCACAACGGCCUCAUUGACAUGGUCUUCCUGUAUCAGAGUUUUUAUGCUCAACUUCCUGAGCGCCUGACCAACUUCACAGCCGACCUGUCUGAGAUGUUUCCCGCCGGCAUUUAUGACACCAAAUACAUCACUGAGUUUGAGCUGAGGCUGACUGCUUCCUAUCUGGAGUACGCCUACAAGAAAUGCAAACUGGAUAACAGUCGCAGCGUCACAGCCGGAGCGCUGGGACCUCAGUUUGGUGUAGAGUUCAUUCGGUACGCCGGCCAGCUGUCCACCUACGUGGAAUAUAGAGACUGUCCUGCGGUAGCUUCGUCAGAGGAACAGAGUGACGUCUGCCAGCGCUUCUCUGCUUUUGGCUGGUGUCCAAACGGCACAAAUUGUCAGCUUUCCCACGACACAGACCUCAUCGUCCUCCAAGACGAGAAAUGCAAAGACGACAGGAAGAAGAGAAAGAGGAAGAGACAGAGGGAGAAGAAGAAAGCUAAAGGACAGGCAGCAGAGGACUCCGCCCUCCUAGACGGUGCCCCCGAAAGCAAAAAACCCAACAUAGAAGUGGAUCCAGAAAAAACACCAGGCGACACACAGAACACAGACCUCGUGAAACAAACGGACCUGGAUGGAAACGACAAGCAGGAUGAGGCACUGAGUAUGAACACUAACAAUGAGGGAAAUGGGAUGUUGGAACAUGAAACGGAGCCAAGAGAAACAACAGCUGCAAGUGAAGGUGGAGAUGGAAGUGUUGCUGACGGCUCUGCUGAGACAAAUCCACAGAAGAAGAAGGUGGAUGGAGGAUCACAUCGGGCAGGGUUUGAUGCCUAUAUGACAGCAUACAUCUUUGCCUACUCUUGUGCGCUCAACAAGAAGAAGAAAGAGGAAGGGGCUGGAGAAGCAAAGGAGGAGAAAGAGCAGCCGUGGCUUUCUACUUGUCUUAACAAGGUCUAUCUCAGCGGAAAGGCGGCUCCUCUGAAUGUGGUUAAAAGCACCUUCUGCAAGUCAUCCAAGGCCCACAUUCAGAAAAUGGAAUUGGUGUGGAGUGGGAAAACCUAGUGUCAGGACUUUUGUUCAACUGUUGACUGACAUGUCUUUUUUUUUUUUUUUUUUUUUUUGUGAUAGUGAUAUUUCUGAAAAUUUGCUAGAGAAGUCAGUUUGACACACUCGAAUGUUUCAUGUAGCCAAAUUUUAGUUCAAAUACCUGUAAGUGAAGGUAUUUUCAUUGGUUUUAUUGUUGCACACAUCUGCUUUUGUGCCUGUGGGUUAUCUAAGUAGUUUUUUUUCUUCUUUUAUUCAUUGAUUAAAGAAUUCCUAACAAAUAUGUAAAGGAAAUGUCAGCAUAAUUAUACAGUGACCAAAAAAAUGUGAAUUUCAAGGCUUCCUUGCAAAAUACAGGUGAUCUCAUGUUUUUCAAGGACAUUUAGACGAAUGAAACACUCCUCCAAUCCGCUGUCAUUAAGCAGGAGGUGAGAUGAUGUUUAGUUUCACUCGAUGCCACGUGGUAGAUCUUAUAUUACUGUUUUAGAUUAGAAUAAAAACUUUUCAUCAAUUAA